AUGUACAACGCUCAUCGCGGGAUGGUGCCCGCUCCCAACUCUCGUCUGACAGAGUUGCUGGAUCAACUGCGCCAGGAGUUUGAAAGCCAGUCGCGAAACACCGGCGAAUUCGAGCACCAGUUGACCGGACAGCUCCAGGAAAUGGAGAUGAUCCGUCAGAAGGUCUACCAGCUGGAGCAAGCUCAGAUCAAGAUCAAGACAGAUUAUGAGGCCGAAAUUCGAAUGCUGCGACAUGAACUUGAGUCGCGCGGCGUCCAAACUAUUCCCACUCACAUCGGCGGACCCGCCGCCGCCGCCCCUGGUCACUCGGCUGGCUCUCAGGCUCCCCCGCCUGCUUUGGGCCACGGUCCCAGCAAUCUGUUUGGUGGUAUCAUGACCAACCCACCAGGUAGUGGUCCCGGACUUGCCCCUCCCCUUCCCCAGGAUCAGCAGCCUCCCCAGCAUGCCCUUCAACAGCCUGCCUCGGUCGCUCAGCCAGGUGCGCCGCAACCUCCGCAGAGCUCAUUUGGAUACCAGGGUGGCGCUGCUGUGAACGGUUAUGGAGCCGCUGCCCCUCCUACCGCAUCCCCAGGCCCCGGCAAGAAUCGUGGCCGUAUGCCCGGCCCCCCAGCUACCCCCCAGCAAUCACCACUCAACUACCCUGACCCCCGUGACCCCCGGGACCCCCGUGCGUCACCUCAGAUCCCUCGCGCUGCUCCCAACCCAGCUCUCGGUGGCCGCACUGGCGAGCGUCCGGGAAACAUGCUCGCCAACUGGAACCCCGAUGACUUGCCCCCGUCGCAAAAGCGUGAGGGUAGCGACUGGUACGCUGUGUUCAACCCUGAGGUGCAGCGUGUUCUUGAUGUCGAGCUCGUGCACCACCUGAACCACGAUAGCGUUGUUUGCUGUGUUCGUUUCAGCCGUGAUGGCAAAUACUUGGCUACCGGUUGCAACCGCUCGGCCCAGAUCUUUGACGUGACCACUGGUCAGAAUGUGGCCACUCUUCAGGAUGAGAAUGUCGACAAGGACGGCGAUCUCUACAUCCGCAGUGUUUGCUUCAGUCCCGAUGGCAAGUAUCUGGCCACCGGUGCUGAGGACAAGCAGAUUCGGGUUUGGGACAUCAACGCGCGCACCAUUAAGCACAUCUUCAGUGGACACGAGCAGGACAUUUACUCUCUGGACUUUGCUGGCAACGGCCGUUUCAUCGCAUCCGGUAGUGGAGACAAGACCGUGCGUCUUUGGGAUAUUCUUGAUGGCAAGCUUGUCUACACUCUUAGUAUUGAGGACGGUGUCACUACUGUGGCUAUGUCUCCCGAUGGCCGCUACGUGGCUGCCGGUUCUUUGGAUAAGAGCGUGCGCGUCUGGGACACUACCACUGGUUACCUGGUGGAGCGUUUGGAGAACCCUGAUGGUCACAAGGACAGUGUGUACUCGGUUGCCUUUGCUCCCAAUGGCCGUGACCUGGUCAGUGGCAGUCUGGACAAGACUAUCAAGUACUGGGAGCUUACCGUUCCCCGGGGCAUGCACCCCCACAGCGCCGUCAAGGGCGGCAAAUGCAUUCGUACUUUCGAAGGCCACAAGGACUUUGUUCUUAGCGUGUGUCUGACACCCGACGGUGCUUGGGUGAUGAGUGGUUCCAAGGACCGCGGUGUACAGUUCUGGGACCCGGUGACUGGAAAUGCCCAGAUGAUGCUUCAGGGACACAAGAACUCCGUAAUCUCGGUUGCACCUAGCCCCACUGGUAGCCUUUUCGCGACCGGUAGUGGAGAUAUGCGUGCUCGUAUUUGGAGAUACUCGCAAUACCAGGGAAGAUAA